AUGGCUAAUGUUAACUGGAUCCCGCCCGACAUAAGCGGUGCCUGUUCAGAAACGGUGGCACCGCUAACGCAAUGUUCGCAGACGGGUUUCAUGUUUUUAGCGCUGGUCGCCCGCCUUUUUGGGGGAUCUGUUGACAAUCAACUGCAGCUGCCGAAAGUUAACCCGUACGCGUCAAACCAAGAACCAGACUACGCUUCUGGGGUGAGCAGUGCUUACGGAGUGACAGGGCAAUCAGAUGACCUUUCCGGGUUUAGCGUGCAACAACAGAUUGGACCAGCACUAAUUGACCCCGGUCUGGAAACUGGACCGGCCCUCCCAGAACUCGGCCCUGAAGUAAAACAGACCACGGACGCGGUGAAAGUUUAUAAAAAUAAACAAAACGCUAAUCGGUAUCCCGGAGAUUACGGUUACUCAGAAGCAGCUUUUUACACGGGUCCUGACUUUGAGUUCGAAACCGAUACGUUCACACACCCAUUUGCUAAAUACUACUUCAGCAGUUUACGCAAGUUUGGCGAACGGCGGAGUGACACGGAUAGCGAUACAGCCGACUCUAAAAAAGCGGAAAUUAAAAUGAAGAAAAAUGGGAAAAGAGCAAAGCGUAGGAGAAGGAGACAUGCUCGAGACGUAUACGAUUUUAUUAUAGUUGGAGCGGGAUCAGCCGGGUGCGUGAUUGCUAAUAGGUUGUCGGAAGUAAAGAAGUGGAAGAUUCUGUUGAUUGAAGCUGGUCCAGAGGAACCAGACGUCACGAGUGUACCGAGUUUGGCGCCAACACUUGGAAGAUCUAGUAUCGACUGGAUGUACAGAACACAACCAGAAGAAUUAACGUGCAGAGCUCAGUUAGGUCAAACAUGUGCAUGGUUAAGAGGCAAGUCAAUGGGAGGGUCGAGUGCAAUUAAUUACAUGGUGUAUAUGCGAGGAAACAAAUUAGAUUACGACACAUGGGCAGAAAUGGGAAACUACGGAUGGAGUUUUGAGGAGGUAUUACCGUAUUUUAAAAAAGCUGAAAACAAUCAGGAUGUAGAAGCUCAUGACAGAUUUUACCACUCUACUAGUGGACCGUUAAAUGUGGAGAGAUUUCCCUAUACAGACAUUAAUGCACUUAUGUUGUGGCUGCUAGGGCGAGGCAGCAAGAUUUCGCCCCGAUCAUAUGACCCGUGUGGCAGAAAUGCGAACUUCGACGUGGACUCUUCGAAGAACACACAAUCGCCUGGCUCCUCAUCUGGUGAAGAAUCC